AUGGUCUACAUCAGACAGCGCAAUCUCGCAAAGCUCCACGAGUAUAAAUAUGCAGGAGUGGACAAGUCUUUGGUUUCGAAGUACAUCCUGAAGCCAUUCUACACAAAUGUGGCCAUCAAAUUCUUUCCCAUGUCAAUGGCUCCAAAGAUUACCUUGACAGGUUUUGGUUUCGUGAUCGUCAACAUAUUGACCAUGCUGUGGUACAACCCAACUCUGGAUACGGAUUGUCCUCCAUGGGUAUACCUGAGCUGGUCAAUUGGGCUCUUUCUUUAUCAGACUUUCGAUGCCGUCGAUGGCACACAAGCACGCCGGACACAUCAAAGUGGACCUCUUGGCGAACUCUUCGAUCACGGUGUGGACGCAUGCAACACCAGUCUUGAAGUGCUUCUCUUUGCCGCUGCCAUGAACCUUGGCCAGUCCUGGAACACUGUCCUGACACUGUUCGGUGCAAUCAUCACCUUCUACAUUCAGACCUGGGACGAGUAUCACACUCAUACUUUGACCCUUGGCAUUGUAUCUGGCCCUGUGGAAGGAGUUUUAACCCUGGUGGUUGUAUACUUCAUCACAUUUCUGAAAGGCGGAGGUAGCUAUUGGCAACAGCCAAUGCUACCGACGUUGGGAGUUCCAAAGAGCGAUUUGAUACCUAACUCUGUAUAUCAGAUGGCAUGGAGCGAGUGGUACAUGCUCUACGGUGGCCUUGUUUUAGUGUUUAACACCGUCUCAAGUGCACUCAGUGUCAUGAAGGCUCGAAAGGAGAGAGGCCAGGAUCCAUACAAACCACUGUUAGGCUUACUUCCGAUGAUCAUUACCUGGAUUUUGAUCCCAGCUUACCUUGCGCUCAACCCGGUUAUUCUGCACCACCAUCUCAUACCGUUUGUUAUAUUCGCAGGCUUGGUCAAUGCUUAUUCGGUUGGCCAGAUGAUCGUCGCACAUUUAGUGAAAGCCAGGUUUCCUUAUCAAAAUGUCUUGAUUCUGCCCUUGGCUUGGGCAGUAGCCGACAGUUUGGGUCCGAAGCUAGGAUUGUGGCCAAGUGCUCUCGGUAGCGAUACCUAUCAGGUUGCGUUUGUUUUCCUUUGCCUGGGGCUUGCUCUCGGCAUCUAUGGCAGCUUUGUGCAUGAUGUCAUCACAACGAUUUGUGACUACAUGGACAUCUGGUGUCUCACCAUCAAGCACCCUUACGUGGAAGGCAAACGGGACGGGGAAGUGAAGAAGUCGAAAUGA